AUGGUUUAUUGUGGAAAGCCAAGCCCUGCUUGUGGGCGUUGUCGUACCCGUCGCUUGAAAUGCGAUCAAGGAUCACCAUCAUGUACCCAAUGCAUGCGGGCGCAAGUGGAUUGCCCCGGAUAUCGAGAUCCAUUAGAUUGGAGUUUUCGAGAUCAAAGUGAGGAUAUAAUCCGCAAGUCUCAACAGCCUACACGAAAAAAGCGCACAACCACUAGCAUCUCCACUAGCGUUCAAAAUAGGACUCCACUCAGAAACAGUCUGGUUUACCCAGUUCAAGAAUUAGGCAAGGCUCAUGUCUUCGUGAACUACAUGUCCGGGGGUCCCUGCGGGGGCCACAUGUCCUAUUUGCUGCCUUUGAUGAAAGACACUCGGAAUUCGCCGGUUUUGACCACCGCGCUGACCGCAGUGGGAUUAGCGGCCUUGUCGAACAUUCGUCUUUCUCCCCGAAUGAUGUUCCAAGCUAGGAAAGAAUAUACGACCGCACUAUCACAGACCAAUGAUGCCCUCAGAGACCCAGUUCUAUCCAAGAGAGAUGAUACACUAGCAGCUGUGGUACUACUGGGCAUGUUUGAGGUAAUGACAUGCAGCGAUGAUUCCUUUAUAGACCGAUGGAUCAAGCACAUGGACGGAGCCAAAAAUCUAAUUGAGCAUCGAGGUUCAGAACAAUUGACUCGACAGGAGGGUUUGGGUUUGUUCACGAACCUGCGGGCACAAAUUAGCAUUAGCCAAAUAUACCAAGAGAAAUACAGCUCUCCAACUAUGACCCAGCUCACACAAGAUGCAAAGCAAUACCGAGACCCAGAUGACCGAAUGGUCGAUGAGGUCAGCCGGGUGGUCAUCCAAUUGACCAACUUCUGCGCAGCCCUUAAAGAUGGCAGUAUCACGCAGCCCAGCGAGAUCAUCCGUCGUACCCUGAACCUUGACGCAGACCUCAUGUCGAUACUCCUUACUGCGCCUCCCUCGUGGGGGUAUAAAACAGUCAAAGUACCGCUGGUGGACGGGGAGCCCGUCAUCCGCACCGUUUGGGGCGAUAGUUACCAUGUCUAUCGCAAUCUUUCGGUAAGCAGUGUUUGGAACAAUGCUCGCGCCGCCCGACUUUUGAUGCAUGAAAUGCUUCUCGACGCUGUGAAAUUACUUGAAAAUUCACCAGGGAGCAGCAGCCUCCAUCAACAGCAAAUUAUUGCGAGUCAAAGCCGACAGAUUGCGCACCAACUCGUGGAUGAUAUCUGUGCCAGUGUGCCUUUUCAUUUGGGCAUGGGCAUGGAGGACACCUAUGAUUGGCCAUCUUCCAACCAAAGCGCUGCUGGUGAAUCCUAUCCUGUCGCGUCAGAACAGGGAAAUUCACAUGGCUCAUUUUCAACCACACCUUUACCGUGGCCCUCAAUGCCCGCAUUUACAUCUGCCGAGAGGAGCUCAUCUUUGGAAACAGACGCAGCAUACCUUGGGGCGUUCCUACCCAACACGAACACGAUGAAUUCAGAGACUCACUAUCCCUCGCCUUUGUCUCCUAGUUUCGAGGUAUCAGGGGCUGGGGGCGUCACACUGGUGUGGCCCCUGUUAAUUGCUGCAAACUCUGGAUUUGCAUCUCCUCAGCUACGCAAAUGGAUAAUUGGUUGUCUUGAGAAGAUUGGACAUUCCAUGGGAAUCAAUCAAGCGUUAGCUACGGCGCAAUUAUUGCGGGAUGGGAUGGAUUCUCGGGCCUGGAUGUCACCAGACGGCACUCCCAUCCAUGACACCACUUAG